GGAGGGGAUUUUGUUGGUAGGGCUCGGGACAGCACUGUAUCGCUUUGUUCGUGGUUCAAAAGCCCGUUUUUAUUAGAAUUCAUUUCGGUGAGUCUCACUCUGUGUUUCACAGACACUUUCAGGUGUCUUUUAUGAAUAAUCAAAAGCAGCAAAAGCCAACGCUAACCGGCCAGCGUUUUAAAACACGGAAAAGAGAUGAAAAGGAGAGAUUUGACCCUACUCAGUUUCAAGAAAGUAUUGUGCAAGGCUUGAACCAAACUGGCACUGAUUUGGACGCAGUUGCGAAGUUCCUCGAUGCCUCUGGCGCUAAGCUCGACUACCGCCGGUAUGCAGAGACACUCUUCGACAUCCUGGUGGCCGGUGGAAUGCUGGCCCCAGGUGGAACCCUUUCUGAUGACAUGACCCGUACUGAGUACUGUCUCUUCACUGCAAAUGAAGACCUGGAGACAAUGCAAGCUUAUGCUCAGGUUUUUAACAAGCUGAUCAGGCGGUACAAGUACCUGGAGAAGGGGUUUGAGGAGGAGAUCAAGAAGCUGCUGCUGUUUUUAAAAGGCUUCACGGAGUCUGAGCGCAACAAACUGGCCAUGCUGACAGGCAUCCUGCUGGCCAAUGGGAACAUUUCAGCAUCCAUCCUGAACAGCCUCUUCAAUGAGAACCUGGUUAAAGAAGGUGUGUCCGCUGCCUUCGCCGUCAAACUGUUUAAAUCCUGGAUCAACGAGAAGGACAUCAACUCGGUCGCCGGCAGUCUGCGCAAAGUCGGCAUGGACAACAGACUGAUGGAACUCUUUCCUGCCAACAAACGGAGCUGCGAGCACUUCUCAAAAUAUUUCACAGACGCCGGGCUAAAGGAGCUCUCUGAUUUUGCUCGCAAUCAGCAGUCCAUCGGUGCUCGCAAAGAGCUUCAGAAAGAGCUGCAGGAGCAGAUGGCGCGUGGAGAGACCCUCAAAGACAUGAUUGGUUAUGUACGUGAGGAGAUGAAGAAGACCAGCAUCUCUGAGCAGACUAUGAUUGGCAUCGUGUGGACGAGCGUCAUGAGCUCCGUAGAGUGGAACAAGAAGGAGGAGCUCGUCACCGAGCAAGCCAUCAAACACUUGAAGCAAUACAGCCCGCUGCUGAAAGCGUUCACGACGCAGGGCCUGUCUGAACUCACGCUGCUCCUAAAGAUCCAGGAGUACUGCUACGACAACAUCCACUUCAUGAAGGCCUUCCAGAAGAUCGUGGUGCUGCUCUACAAAGCUGAUGUUUUGAGUGAGGAAGCCAUUCUAAAGUGGUACACCGAAGGGCACUUGGCCAAGGGCAAGAGCGUCUUCCUGGAGCAGAUGAAGAAGUUUGUGGAGUGGCUGAAGAACGCAGAAGAAGAGUCUGAGUCUGACGAGGAAGAGGGAGACUGAGGCGCUUCAGCCGAUGCCACUCGCAGAAUGUUUUUGUUACAAAAGUGCUCGUCUUACGGAGUUUCUUUGCCCACCUCCACCACUUUUUUUUUUUUUUUUUUUUUCCCCCCCCAUUCACACGCUCUCCAACCAUAACACUUUAGACGUUGUUUAAGGGCUUUGUAAUGGUUAAUUUUAACAGAUUUUGUUUUUGUAUCUAGUCUUAAGGUUUACACUUUAAACACAGAUCAUGACUAUGGAAGCCAUCUUCUUUUUGUAAAAUUAAAUCGCAAGAUUAAAAUUUUACCCCUCCCCAUGCACUCACUUUAUUCUUUGCCAUCUCUUAAAUGUUGGAAUCUGCGAGUUGCUCACAUCAUGACGGCGGAUUGGACCGAUGAGAGAAAGAUGUUCCGGUUAAAGCCCUGACCCUCUAUUAGAAUCAUGACUAGCUGCGACAACUAGUCUCCUAGUUGUUCUUUGCAAACAGAAAAAAACAAAUGUGACUUUAUCUCCACUUUUGAUUUUUUGCAGAUUUCUUUAAUCCUCUGGACCUUUUUUUUAAAGAAAUAAAAAUAAGAAAUUAA